CUGCUCACAACAACCCAACAAAAUGUUUAAAUUCGCUGCUGUAAUCCUCGCCAUCCUGGCCUGUGCCUCUGCCAAGCCCGGCUUUCUGAGUGCUCCUCUGGCGUACACUGCGCCUGCCGCCAUCGUAGCUGCUCCUGCUCCUGUUGUCACCGCCACCAGUAGCCAGGUGUUUGCAAGGAACUACAAUGGAAUCGCUGCUGCUCCCGUGAUCGCUCCAGUUGCUGCUCCUUUGGCUGCUCCAGUGUUCGCCAAGUAUGCCGCUGCCCCUCUGGCCAAUCCUUUGGCCUACCGCUCGGUUCCCCUGGCUUACUCCGCGCCUCUCUUCCUGUAAAACUGCACAUUACGCCUUGAAUAAACGUCUCUCGGUAACUGAUUAGCGCCUGA